UUCUAACCCCCUCCCGAAAGAGAAACCCGAGAAGUAGAAAUCCUUUCAAACUGGCUUGUGAUUGGCUCCGGGGAGGCUGUGUUUACGUCACAAGCUGCUAACUCUGUAAAAGACCAAUCCAAGACUUUUCUUUCAGUCUCUUGGGUAAGAGCUGUCUGUUAUUUAGGCGCACUUUUGUUCUGGCAGAGAGCCAUUUCUGUGACUGGCAAAAAACAUUCUGCCGCGACAGAAGAGCGAGUGCUAGGUUUCUGGAGGCCACGUUGGACAUUAUCAAUCUCCAGCUAGAACCUGUGUGUUUCUCUGUUUCUUCAGCCUUCUGUACAGGUACUGUCUGACUGCAAAGGUCUAGUCCAUCUGGUGUUAGAGGCAUACCUCACAGAACAUCCUAGUUCAUGCAAAGAAAAAGCAUGGAAAUCCUGCGCUACUUUUCUCAGGUCCCCAAGGAGCAGAAUGAGCCCAUCAUUUCUCAAAGGAAAAUGGAAUGUAGAAAAAGACCAAAGGAGGUGAUCAAAAAUCAGGACCAAAGAUCACACUGGGAACAAAAACCCCCACAAGUUCAGAACUCUUUCCAAAAUACAAUUACCAUCACCUUUGGUAUAAACCAUGCAAUCUGUGAGGUCUCAGAUAAGGGGACAGGUAACUUAUAUGAGGCACUGAAAAUCCUUGACCUUGUCAAAAGAGAGAUAGAAAAACAGCCAGGCAAAGAAAUGCUGGUGUGUGGCAAAGAAGGAAUAGAAGGGCACAUAAACCUCGGUAUGCCCCUCCGUUGUUUUCCACAAGGCAGCCAUGUGAUCAUUACAUUUUCCAAAACUGAAAGUGAGGAGAAAGAAGACAAUGAAUUGUGUGGGCGCUUUGACCAGUCAUCUGCUGAGUGUGUUGUAUUUUACAUUCAUGCAGUCGGGAAUGGGGAGCAAAGGAUUCUGAGGUGCAGGGAACUUCACGAGGAGGGCACCAAACUCUGUGUCUAUGGCUUCAAGGGAGAGACCAUCAAGACCACUCUGAGGAAGGAUGGCAGGUUUCUCUCCUUUGUAGAGAGUGACCAUUGGAAACUUAUUAACAAUGACACCAUCGUAGCAAACAGCCAGCCAGUUGAUGUGUUAGAAGGCAAACUCUUUCAGAUUGAUGUUGAGAGAAAGGAGAGCCCUUGGGUGGCAGUGGCAACUCAGAAAUCUGAGUUAGAGGACAGAAACUUCACUAUAUUAAAAGAAUACAUUGUGAAUUUGUACCCCACAUUGAGAAGAGAACGGGAAGUACUGAGAACAUACAUCAAGGAAGUGAGUGAGAAAAGAGAGAAUACUUCCUUACUCAAAGCACAUAGAGAAAACUUCAGGAAGCUGACCCAAAGCUCCAUCCCAGGUAAAGUCCUCAAACUUCUAUCCCAGCUCAGUGACUCAGUUGGGUUCAUAGUUUGGAACAACAAUGGAAACAGGGGUAGUGCUACUUGCUUCCUUUUUAAAGGGCUGUACAUUUUCACUUGUCGACAUGUAAUAGAUGACAUAGUAGGAGAAGGCAUAGAGCCGAGCAAGUGGGCAGAUAUAAUUGGGCAGUGUAUGAGAGUGACGUUUGAUUUUCAAGUGUUCCCUGUCAAAGAAGACAGCUAUCAUUUUGUUGAACCUUGGUUUGAGGUGUCUGAUGUCACUCUUGACUAUGCUGUCCUGAAACUGAAGGAAAGAGGACAGCACAUCCCUACAGGACUCGGUAAUGGAACACCUUCUGAAUCACUUAGUGGAUUUCUAUUUAUGAUCGGUCAUCCAGAUGGAAAAUAUAAGGUUGUUGAUGGUUGUACUGUGAUGCCUGAAAGCAAGCGAAGAAGGAAAUGUGAGGAUAAUCGUGGAAGAGAAGCAGUGGGUAGCAGGGAUCCUAUGCAGUAUAUCUAUAUGUACACCCAAAGAAGUUUUCAGGAAAAAGUCCAUGAACCUGGUGUGGUUUCCUUGGAUAACACUUUUUAUUGUGGGUCUUCGGGAUCUCCUGUAUUCGAUUCUAAAGGGUCACUAAUAGCCAUGCACACUGCUGGCUUCAGUUGUGAGUAUGAAAGUGGGGUUUCCAGUAUCAUCGAGUUGGGAUCUUCAAUGAAACACAUCCUUGAUGAUAUUAAGCAAAAACAUGAAAAAUGGUACAAUGAAAUUUGUGUAUUCAACAGGAUGUAGUCCAGAAGACUCAGGACUGAGAAUUCACGCAGUUUCCUAUUUGCUGAAGGAAGUCCUACAGCCAGUGGUUACCUGCCCACUGGGGCAUUGCCUCCUGUACUAUAUAAGCCAAUGUAGAGCAUGCCUCUGCUCCCUUUUUCUGGCUGUGGGAUUCAGUUUCUGUUCUCCUUUCAAGCAGAGGAUUCUGAUUUGUGAGUCUACCCCUAAAUAGAUAACCAUCUAUUUCUGAAUUCUGAGCUAGUGUGGGAUUUUUUUUAAAUCAUCCUUCUUUACCUAUUGUUAAAGCAGUUACCUCUGCAUUGUUUUUCUGUAGGCAAUGAUAAUAUAUUUUUGGGGGCUUUUAGAUGGUGAUUUUCCUUUCAUAAACAAUUGAUGUUUUAGUCUAUGUCCUAUAUAUACCAUGCAUUUUUGAUUGUAAACAAUUUUUCAGUGUAUUCUGAUCACGGUUUCACCUCCCUCAACCCCUCCAGGAUAAUCCCCAUCUUCCCACCCACCCAAAUCCACACCAUAUAUUUUUUCUUUCUCCUAUAAGAAAACAAGCAGGCAUCUAAAAAGAUAAAUGAAACAAAACAAAAAAACCCAGAAUUGGAACAAAGAGACAGAAAAGAAAGCCAAAGUAAAAGGAAAAGAAACACACAGAGACACAGAAACACAUAUAUUCACACACAAAGAAAUAAUGUAGAAAAUAUACAACUGCUAACACCAACCUAUAAGCAAAUAACAUACCAUAUUUGUCAGUCUGGGUGAGAUUUAACUAACUGAGGAUGAUUUUGUUCUAGCUCUGUUCACUUCCCUGCAAAUAUUAUCAUUUGAUGGUCGUUUUCUUUUUUCUUUUUGUCAACAUCAAGCAUGAUAGCAGUUUUAUUCUUGUUUUAAUGUUAUGAUAGAUAGCUUAAAAUUUUUUAUUCUGAAAGAGCACAGCUACAGAAAAUUGGACAAAGUGUAGAUAUGAUACUCUGAUUCCUGAUCGCACAGAACAGUGUCAUCUCUCUCCCAUUUGAGGGUCUUUUUCACUGCUCAGUAAUAUUCCACUUUCUUCCUCCACUUAACUGCUGAUGGACACCUAGGCUGUUUCCACCUGAAUGCUGUUGAUCAAGUGUCUCUGUAGUCGGAUGCAGAAUCCUUUCGGUAUAUUCCCAGGAGUGGUGUAGCCAGAUCCUGAGGUAGACCUAUUCCCAGCUUCCUGGGGAUCCUUCACACUGUUUUUCCUUAGUGCCUGUACAAGUUUGCACUCUCACUAGCAAUGUAUGAGUGCUUCCCUUACAUCACACCUUCAGUAUGAGCUAGUUCUUAUUUUAUUGAUCUUAGCCAUUCUGACUGGUGUAAGAUGAUAUCUCAAAGAAUUUUGAUUUGCAUUUCCUUGAUGACUGUUGGCCAAUUGUAUGUCAUCUUUUGAGAAUGCUCCAUUUAGAUCUGUACUCCAUUUAAAUGGGUUAUCUGCUUUCUUGAUAAACAUGCUUUUUUAGUUUUUAAUUUAUGUGUGUGUGUGUGUGUGUGUGUGUGUGUGUGUGUGUGUGUGUGUGUAUUUAUCCCUCUAUUGGAUAUGGUUGGUAAAAUCAUUUCCCAUUCUGUAGUCCACCACUUUGUGAUGUGGGAUUCCCCUCUGUAUGCUGUGAAUAUGAUCGGUUAAUAAAGAAUCUGUCUUGGGCCUGGCAGGGCAGAAUAGAGGUAGGCAGGGUAAACUAAAAUGAAUGCUGGGAGAAAGAAGGUGGAGUCAAUGAGAUACUAUGUACUUGCUGCUGGGAACUGACAUGCAUAGGAAACUUGCCUGUAAGCUACAGCCACAUGGCGAUACACAGAUUAAUAGAAAUAGGUUAAAUUAAGAUGUAAGAGUUAGCCAAUAGAAAGCUAGAGCUAAUGGGCCAAGCAAUGAUUUAAUUAAUAGAGCUUCUGUGUGGUUAUUUCGGGGCUUAGCAGCUGGGAACAAACAAGAGUUCUCUUACAACCACUUUGUCCAAAUGAUGGUGUUCUUUGCCAUAUAGAAGCUUUCACAUUUAAUAAGUUUCAAUUUAUUAAUUAUUUUUCUUAAUGCCUUUGCUAUCACUGUCCUGUUCAGGAAAUCUUUCCUUAUGCUAAUGAACAAGGGUAUUCCCCACUUCCUUUUCUAUUAGUCUCAGGGUCUUUGACUUUAUGUUGAAAUGGUUGAUCCAUUUGAAGUUGAAUUUUUUUUCAGAGUGAUAAAUAUGGAUCUCUUUGCAUUCUUCUACAUAGAGAUAUCCUGUAUGACUAGCAGUAUUUGUUGACAAUGCUAUCUUUUCAGGUGAUGAUUAAUAAAAACGCUAAAGACGUC